AUGACGAUUGUAAAAAGUACGGAGCUAGAGGAAGAGGUUUGUCAUGCAAGUUGUCGCAAUUUUACAUUUCUACAAACGGUAGUCCAAGACGUUGAGAAGAAGUUACUUAUUUUUAUACAAAAAGACAACACCAAAGAAAUAUCGUUUAAAGAAGAUCUAAAGAUAGAAAAUGUUCCUACUCAAUUCAAGGGUUUGCCAGGAACCCCUGGUGAGAGAGGGCCCCAGGGGGCGAAGGGUGAGACUGGUCCACGUGGCCUACCCGGACCAGCAGGUCCUGCUGGACCAAAAGGCAUACCUGGUCAUCGAGGGCUGCCGGGUCCUGUAGGAUUGAGAGGCCAAAAGGGAACAAUGGGGUUUCCGGGUAUUGAGGGUAAAAGAGGUUACAGGGGUGAUAGGGGUUAUAAAGGACCCAUAGGAGAUCCUGGAGUUAAGGGUGAAAUGGGUGAAAAGGGUUCAGAUGGUGUUCCUGGUGAGAGGGGAUUAAAGGGGCGUAUUGGUCCGCCUGGCGUACCUGGUUUGCCCGGAAUACCCGGAAGAUCACCAACGUCGUCAAUGACAUCGAAGAUUAAAGAAGGAAAGCGAGGAAAACGAGGAUCACAGGGUCGGACUGGUCCACCAGGAAAGCCCGGCCAAAAGGGUGAAACAGGCAUUCCUGGUCCAAGAGGGCCCAAGGGUGAAUCUGCUGUCGGUGAAGCCAUUCUGAAUAUGAUAGCGAACAUGCGCCGUGACAUCGUCGAAUUACAACAGCAUAUUCUGGGCAAAACGCCCUCAUUCAACACAAUGAUACCGGGAAACGACUUAGAAAACACACUAUUGACAACAGACGAUGAAGAUCUUGCAGGAUCAGGGAGAAAACCAGACAACCCGCCAUAAUGUUGAAGUCAGAAUUAUUUCGCUAAAUACGGUCUGCAACAACGAUGCAGGAACAUCGGUGUAAUGAUAACUAGCACAAAAUAAUACGAUCACCUUGAAUAUUAAUGACGAUACUGAUGAAAGAAGUUGUGCUACAUCACGUGACAAUUAAGGAUAAGAUGGGCGCCGAAGUGUUAAUUGACUUUAAAGAAAAUGCUGCAAAGAAUCCUAAUCAUUUAAUCGAAAAAUGUGAUUGAUUAAAAUUUAAAAAAAAGCUAAUCAGCAAUCCCUUUCUUAAAAUAGGCCUAUAUAAAAGAGAAGACGUAAGGGUUGUUUUUCAACCAACACGCGCGCGGUCUAUGGCUUCGCUAUUAAUACCUCAUUCGUAUGUAUCAUGUUAUAACUUUUUUAUUGUUGUACAUUUAUGAAUAUUUUAUAUAAAUAUUAAAGACGACAAUAACUUACAUCUCUUAAGAAAGAUAUGAGGGCAGAAUUUCGACAAAUUGGUCGAGAGGCAAUUUGCUACAACUUGGUUUAAACCUUACGUAGUAUAGAGCGACUAAAACUAUUAUUAUGAGCGUUAAUGUAUACAUUACACUUAAAAUUAUUGUAUUCUAAUAUUAUAUGAUAUAGGCCUAGUAGCCUAUGUUAAUAUGUACACUUGGAACCAUGUACCGUUGGGCUUCCUUUGCUGUGUCUUGUCGAGACAUUGACCAAAGGCAGAGGUUAUUGUUAUGUGAAAUACUAAGAGCUCUUGUUAUUUAUGUGUUAUAUAAGACCGAUUUAUUAUUGUUACUAUUAUUAUUAUUAUUAUUAAAACAUUCUUUUAUAUGGUGAGGUUACACAAGGCAGUAGACGCAUUGGCCACCCCCUUUUACGUUUUAUUAAUUUAUGCAAACAGGAUUUAAAGUCUGUUGGAUUUAAUCUGCUCACUUGGGAGAAUUUAGCCAGAAAUAGAGCUUUAUGGAAAAAUGAAGUGAAAAGGAAACUCAAUUUGUUUGAAGAAAACUAAUGUAAUUCAAGGAGAGAAAAACGUAAAGCACAGCUCAGAAUAUGUUCAUACUUGCUCAUACUGUCAGCGCAAAUGCUCCUCAAGAAUUGGAUUGAUUAGCCACCAACAAGCAUGUGCACUGAAAUUCAACUUGACAGAUUAAUGCUAGUGUUGCAGUUGAUGUGAAAUCCCAAAUUCUUCACCAUAGUCUUUGAGACUGACGGUGCCAAUGAUGAUAAUGAUGAUGAUGAUUAUUAUUAUUAUUAUUAUUAUUAUUAUUAUUAUUAUUAUUAUUAUUAUUAUUAUUAUUAUUAUUAUUAAAAGUAAAAUAACACCAAUAUACAGAGUAGAAUACAGGAAUUCUCAGAAGUGAACAAAGUGUGUAACAGUACUUAAAAUUCCAUUCGUUUAUAGGUAGGCCUAUACAUUUAAUAUCUUUCCAAAAUAUAAAAUGACUUGCCUGGUGGAUUUUAACAUAGGCCUACCACUUCUGCAAUAACUGUGUAUUCUCUAUGUAAUUGAUUGUGUGACGUUGUAUCACUGUAAUGCUCAUAACUUAUUUUAAUCCUUAUUGUCAUUUGAUUCUUAUUGUCAUUUAUUUUAGAAUUAUAAUAAAAAUAAUAUUAAUAGUGUAAUAUAUUUUAUAUUUUUGGAAACCUGCUGCUGCAUCAACCAUUGACCUCCUCCCACAAGAUGCAGCUCAUAAGCUGUUAAAACGUUCGCAUGUACGUCCGAAUCGUCCGAAUAGAAUUACUGCGUCUUCACAGAGCGUCAGUUAAGACCCUGCCAAGUCUAGGUAAGGAAGGCGAAGUGGUUUUAAUUCCAACUAGCUGGAAUUGAACCCAGCAUCCGGCAAUGGGAGGGAAGUGAGUCCGCUCCAUACUGGUCUUAAACGCGCAUUGCUUCAUAAUUUUAUUACUUCAGUCAUCACUUCAUAUAAUUGUUAUUAGAUUAUCUUCAUAUUACAGUAGUUAAGUUUUAAAAUUGAAAGCUAACUUCUGGAAAAGUUAUAAUGAGUAGAGGAAAUCUGGUCUAUUCCAAACGUUAUUACUCUAAGUUAAACCGAGCCUCUUCCUCGCUAUGAUAGUAUUUGAAAUCUUCAAACCUUGAUCAUAUCAUACCAAGCCUUGUCAUCUCUGUUUUAUGUUGAAGGUUUCUAGACUAGAGAUAAUAUAAUACGGUAGAAUAUUACUAUACAAAAUCUUGAUUUAACGUAAAAUAUUUCAGUAGUGGGUAGAUUAAUGUAUAGCAAUUGAACCCCAUAUUGGUAACAACAUAAAAAUGUAAGUGCAGGUAGGUGAUGAUACUCAGUUUAUUUCAUUAUGUAAUGUCAUUUGUUUUUGAUAGAUGAAACCUUUAUUAAACGACUAAUGUAUUUUAUUCGUAUUUCCUUCGUUAUUUUCAAGUAUCAAUUUAUAGGCUAAUGUUGACAUGUUCAUUUUUGAAUCCAUGGCUACGUAUAGUAAAUACAGUCACUGAUGUAAGCCAUAAAUUGCGACCAUUUAACAAUCAUAUAAAAGUAAUAUAAAAGUAUGUCAUUUGCAUUAUA